AUGGACGCAGAAAGCCGCCUGACAGGCCCCCGGCCAGGCCCCACGCUCCUGCUCUUCGGGCCCCUGGCCCUCUCGUUCGAUGCAGCCGCGUUCGCGCAUCUCCGCAAGACAGCGGCCGAGUCCGACCACAGCUGGAUGCUCGAGGUCGUCGCCGAACUGCCCCAAUGCUGGGACGCAGUUGCCGCCGCGGUCGGAGUGCGGGGUGGGGCCGGGCGCGAGAAGCUGGAGGACCUGCAAGUGGCGUUCCAGACGGGCAGGCCGCUCGAGACGGCGUUCCCGCUGCCGAACAAGGUGCUGGUGCCGUUGGUGGUCAUGGCGCAGCUGCUGCAGUAUGCCGCUUUCCUGCGGCGGACUAGCGCCGAGGCUGAUGGGCGGGUUGACCCAUUCGCGGCGGCGGCGGCGAGGAGCAGCGGGAUGGAGACGUUGGGCUUCUGCACGGGCUUGCUGAGCGCGUUUGCUGUCUCGAGUUCUGGGAGUGCCGAGCAGUUUGCCCAGUAUUGUGCCGUGGCCGUGAAGCUCGGCAUGGUUGCGGGUAUGGUGGCCGAUGGGGAUUUGGGGGGGACCAGCACGGAGAUGGAGGCGUAUAGGGCUAUCGGCACAGAGUGGGAUUCGGCUGAGGGCCUGGAGGAGAUGAUGGGGAUAUUGAAGGAGUUUCCCGAGGCCUACAUCUCCGUCAACUACGACCACAAUCGAGCCACCGUGACGACCACAUCCUCGACGGUGCCCACCCUUCAGCGUCGCCUCAGGUCCUCGGGCAUCGCCGCAUCCGAGAUCAGCCUCUUCGGGCGCUACCACACCAGAGACCACAGCGCCAUCCUCGCCCGGCUCCUAUCAUUCUGCGAUUCGCACGCUGCCUUCCAGCUCCCCGAUGCGUCGCAGGCCUCGGUACCGGCCCGUUCCAAUCGCGACGGCGCCAUCAUCGCCAGCGGCCCGUUGCACCACCACGCGCUUCGCUCGAUCUUGGUGGAGCGACCCGAGUGGGCCGCCAGCCUCCGCGCAGCCAGCCAAGACCUGCUCCGGGACGAGGGGCCCGGCUUGGCCCUGUGCUUCGGCCCCGAGCGAUGCGUGCCACCGUCUCUGGUGCGCGACCUCGGCAGCCGGGCCGUGCACCUGGCCGACCUGGCCGAUCCAGAUCUCGCCUUGUUUGGACGGGGAGAGCGAGGAGAGAGAAGACGGCGGCACUUCGCCGAGACGGACGUGGCGGUGGUGGGGAUGGCGUGCAAGGCUGCCGGAGCGGAUGACCUGGAGAGUUUCUGGGAGGUUCUCGGGUCAGGCCAGUCGCAGCACAGAGAGGUGCCGCCGGAGAGGUUCGGGUUCGAGACCGCGUUCCGGGCGCCAGAUGCAAAGAGGCGCUGGUUCGGGAACUUUGUCGACGGGCAUGACGCCUUCGACCACAAGUUCUUCCGGGCAAGUGCGCGCGAGAGCGCAACGACGGAUCCACAGCAGAGGCUGAUGCUGCAGGUCGCGUACCAGGCAGUCGAGCAGUCGGGCUACUUCCAGCGCACACGCCAGGCUGGAGAUCGCCGUGUCGGGUGCUACGUCGGCAUCUGCGGUACAGAUUAUGAGCACAACAUUGCGUGCCAGCCUGCCAACGCCUUUUGCGCCACGGGCAACCUCGAGGGCUUCGCGGCUGGGAAGAUCAGCCACCACUUCGGCUGGACAGGGCCUGCCAUGGUUGUCGAUACCGCAUGCUCGUCCUCGGCUGUGGCGAUCCACCAGGCCUGCCGCAGCAUCAUCGCCGGCGAGUGCACGGCUGCUCUGGCUGGUGGGUCGCAUAUCAUGACAAGCCCUCUGCGGUUCCAGAACCUGGCUGGGGCCUCGUUUCUCAGCCUAACAGGCCAGUGCAAGCCGUUUGACAGCCGGGCUGACGGGUACUGCCGCGGCGAAGGUGUAGCUGCUGUAUUCCUGAAGAAGGCCUCUGUUGCCGUAGCCGAUGGCGACAUGAUCCUGGGCGUGAUUGCGGCAACAGCUGUGCAGCAGAACCGGAGCUGCACGCCCAUCUUCGUGCCUAACUCGCCAUCGCUGUCAGACCUCUUCCGCGAGGUUCUGCAGCGCGCGCGCGUGAGGCCUGAGCAGGUCUCUGUCGUGGAGGCCCAUGGAACUGGCACGGCCGUGGGGGAUCCGGUCGAGUACAGGAGCGUGAAAGAGGUGAUGGGUGGGCCGGCGCGGAGGGCUGGGGGGGAGCUUGUACUUGGCUCAGUCAAGGGGUCGAUCGGGCACACUGAGCCAGUCUCAGGCGUGCUCUCCCUUGUAAAGGUGCUGCUGAUGAUGCAGAGGAAGACGGUGCCGCCCCAGGCGAGCUUUGAGGCGCUGAAUCCGGCCAUCGAGGCGAGCCCGGCCGACAGGAUCGUCAUCUCGACAAAGGCGCGGCACUGGGAGGGUGACGACGCCGGGUUCAAGGCUGCGCUCAUCAACAACUACGGUGCCUCGGGUUCGAACGCGUCCAUGGUUGUCACGCAACCGCCGGCUCGAGUCACACAGGCAGCCCUUACCCUUACCGGAGCGCUGCCUGGGCUGGGCUCGAAGCAUCCCUUCUGGCUCUGCGGCAACGACAAGGCGACCCUGAGCCGGUACGCCGGGGUCUUGCGCCAAUUUCUCACCCGCCACCGCAGGCAGGGCGACACCUACAGCGCCGACGACCUCAGCCCGGCCAACGUAGCGUUCAACCUGGCCCGGCAGAGCAACCGGCUUCUCGGCCACGGCGUCGUCUUCAGCGUCCGGUCGGCAGACGAGCUGGAGCGGAAGCUCGCCGCCGUGGAGCAGGGCGACGGCGCCGACGUCGUCGUAGCAGCCGGCGCCACGGCUCGGCCGGUGGUGCUCUGCUUCGGGGGCCAGGUGUCCACCUUUGUCGGGCUGGACAGGCAGGUAUACUCCCGGGUGGCCGUGCUGCGCCACCAUCUCGACACCGUGGACGCCGUCGUGCGUGGCCUUGGAGCCACGAGCAUCUACCCGGGCAUCUUCGAGCGCGAACCCCAGGCCGACCCGGUGGCGCUCCAGACGAUGCUGUUCGCGUUGCAGUUCGCGUGCGCGCGGAGCUGGAUCGACGCCGGCCUCGAGCCCAUCGCCGUCGUGGGCCACAGCUUCGGCGAGCUUACGGCCCUGUGCGUGUCCCAGACGGUGUCGCUCGAGGACGUCGUCAGGGCUAUUAUCGGGAGAGCGAAGCUCGUACGCGAGCGCUGGGGAGAUGACAGGGGCGCGAUGAUGGCGGUAGAGGGGGACAGAACCGAGGUUGAGAGGCUACUUGCCGAGGCGGCCAGGGAGGUCGGGGACGAGGUCCAGCGGGCCACCAUAGCGUGCUACAACGGGCCUCGCAGCUUCACGCUGGCCGGGCCGACGGCGGCGAUCGAGGUGGUGUCCCGCGUGCUAGAGCGACGGCCGGCCGCGUACCCGGGCCUAAGGAGCAAGCUACUGAGGGUGACGCACGCGUUCCACUGUGGUCUGGUCGACCCGCUCGUGGCGGGGCUGGAGGAGUGCGGAGGGGGCUUGACCUUCCGCGAACCCAAGAUCCCGAUGGAGAGGGCGACGGAAGAGGAAGCAGAGGGGAAGCCGUCGGGCGGGUUCCUGGCCGCACACAUGCGCUUGCCCGUCUUCUUCAACCACGCGCUGCAGCGCAUCUCCAACAAGCAUCCUGGGUGCGUCUUCCUCGAGGCCGGAUCUGGAUCGACCGUGGCGGCGAUGGCAGGUCGGGCGUUGAACACCAACACCAACAACAACGAGAAGCAGCACUUCUUCCAGGGCCUCGACGUCACCAGCGUUCCUGGCAGCGGCUGGAACAACCUCGUCGACGCCACGACAAACUUGUGGAAGGCUGGGGUGCGAGUGCACUUUUGGGCCCACCAGGGUCGUCAGACGAUCCAGCAGAACCCGAGUCUUCCGCUGGUGCUACUACCGCCGUACCAGUUCGAGAAGUCGCGCCACUGGAUCGACCUGAAGACGCCGCCCAAGCACGGAAACCUGCCGACUGUCUGCAGCAGCUGCUCCCAGGCCGCGAAGGCGGAGAAGAAGGAGAAGAAGGAGGAGGAGGAGCAGCUGGUGCGCUUCCUUGGCUACAGGAGCAAGGAAGGGUCAGGCAGGGGCCCCGUGGCUCAGUUCGUAAUCGACACGGCUGGCAAGGAGUACGGCAGGCUCGUGUCGGGCCACGUCUUCGCCUCCACGGCGCCCAUUUGCCCGGCCACGGUGCAGCUAGACUUCGUCAUCGAGGCCCUGCGCGGUCUCAGGCCCGAGCUGGCGAGGCUGGAGCCGCGCCUGCAGGGGGUGCAGUGCCAAUCGCCCGUGUGCGUCGACCCGGCCAGGACUCUGUGGAUCGAGCUCGAGGAGGCGGCAGGAGCGGCAGCGGCAGCGGCAGCGGCAGAGCCAGGCAGGUGGGAGUUCCGCGUGUUCAGCACCGACGGGGCCGACACGGCGACAGUGCACACGACGGGGGCGGUCGUGCUGUGGCGGGCUGGCGAUGCGACGGCAUCGCUGGAGAUGGCUCGGUUGGAGAGGCUCGUUGGCGGGCUGGCUCGGUGCGAGGCCGUGCUAAGGGGCGGCGAGGAGGGCGACGAGGUGUUGCAGAGUCGGAGCAUCUACAAGAUCUUUGCUGACGUGGUCGACUACACUGGCGACUACCGCGGUGUCCAGAGGCUGGUCGGCAGGGAAGACGUCUCGGCCGGGUUCGUGUCGCGCCAGGCCGCCGCGACGACGUGGUUCGAUGCCUGCCUGGCCGACUGCUUCUGCCAGGUCGCCGGAAUCUGGGCGAACUGCAUGACGGACCAGGCUGCUACCGACAUGUUUGUGUGCAAUGGGAUCGAGCAGUGGGUGCGGAAUCCGGCUGCGUCGGCAGAGGGGGGACGGCCCAAGGCGUUCCGGGUGCUGGCUCGACACCACAGCGUGUCGGCUAAGGCGUUCCUGUCGGAUGUAUUUGCCUUCGAUGCCGAUACUGGCGCGCUGGUCGACGUUGUCACGGGAAUCAGCUACGUCAGGGUUGCCCGGGCAUCGAUGAGCAAGAUGCUGGUGCGCAUGUCAGCUCCGUCGGCGGUGGUAGCAGCAGUACCACCACCACCACCACCACCACCAACGCUGCCCAGCCACUCCCUCAAACCCGUCGCGUCCUCCAAACCUUCGGCCAAGCCGCCAGGUCCGCCCAACGUGGCUCCCAAAGUCAAGGCCAUCCUGGCCGAGCUGACAGGCAUCGAGCCGGACGAGAUCCAGGCCGACAGCCAGCUGGCCAACCUGGGGGUCGACUCGCUUCUCGGCAUGGAGAUGGCCCACGAAAUCGAGUCGGCAUUCGGCAUCUCCCUACCCGAGAGCGAGCUGCUGGAGAUCACGGAUGUGCCAGGUCUCGUAAGGUGCGUGCAGAAUGCCGUGGCCCGCAAAGGCGGAGACAGUACUGCAGAUGAUCUCGCCGAUGGAGAAAAGGAGGAGGAGCAAGACGAGGUAGACGACUCCUCCAGCAGCGACGCCGGAACCCCGAGCCAGUCCUGCAGCUCUGGCGCCCAGACAGGCUUUAGCACGCCGCUGCCGGUUUCCGAAUCAGGGGCCGUCCGCAAGAUCGACUCUCGUCCGACAGGCAUCGGCUGCGGCAACAAUAGCAGCGACGGCCUGCAUCUCUCGGUCGACGCCGUCAUGGACGCGUUCGACCAGACCAAGCGCAUGACGGAUGCCAGGAUCGUCGAGUACGGCCAAGACCGGUACGCCGACGAGGCCAACCCGCUGCAGACGCGCCUCUGCGCCGCCCUCAUCCUCGAAGCCUUCGAAGAUCUGGGCUGUCCUCUCGGGCCCCCCCGAACCGCUGGCCAAGAGCCGCCGAAGCUGAUCCGAGUCCCCCACGGCAGAGAGCACAGCCGCCUCGUUGACGCGCUCUAUGCCAUGCUGGAGAGGGACGAAGCCGGCCACCUCGUCGCCGUCGACGGCUGCUCCAUCACCCGGACCAGCGAGCCGCUGCCAACUGAGCCAAGCACGGGGCUAUUCCAGCAGCUACAGACCCGAUUCCCAGACCAGGCUACCGCCAACGAGCUCAUCCUAUACGCCGGGUCUAGGCUGGCUGACGUGCUGCGCGGCCGCACAGACGGGAUCAAGCUCAUCUUCGGCUGCGCCGAGGGCCGGGCCACGGUGUCACGCUUCUACGCCGACUGGCCACUGCACCGGCUCCUGUACCGGCAGGCCGAGGACUUCCUGGGUCGGCUGGCCGAGCAGGUUCGCGGGGCAUCGGGCACGCUGCGGAUACUGGAGAUGGGGGCCGGCACGGGCGGCACAACUCGGUGGCUGCUACCAGUGCUGGCGAGGGCGGGGGUGCCGGUCGAGUACACGUUUACCGACCUGGCGCCAUCGCUUGUUGCAGCAGCGCGGAAGAGAUUCACGGCAGAGUAUCCCUUCAUGAGGUUCCAGGCGCAUGACAUCGAAAAGGAGCCCCUGGAGGAUCUGAUUGGGACGCAGCAUGUUGUGGUGGCAAGCAAUGCCGUGCAUGCGACGCAUAACUUGCGCACGUCGCUAGCCAACAUGCGCAAGGCGCUCCGGCCUGACGGGUUGCUACUACUAGUCGAGAUGACGGGCCGGGUGUGGUGGAUGGAUCUUGUGUUUGGCCUGUUUGAGGGCUGGUGGUUCUUUGAUGACAGCCGCUCCUACGUCAUCUCGGACGAGCGAGCCUGGGAGGCAGAUCUGCGUGCUGUAGGCUACGGCUGCGUCGCUUGGACCGACGGCGCCCGGCCCGAGAACAAGAUGGAGAGGCUCAUCGUGGCGACGGCAUCCGACGACCCCCUCACCAAGUGCGCCGGCUUCUCCUCCUCUUCCUCAUCCUCCCCCUUCCCUCCCCCCGCUUUGUCCCUCCCCUGCCUGUCCGCGCCCUCCCCGUCCUCCGUCGCCGCGAGCAAUGACAAGAGUUUACCGGCUGCUGACUGCGACGCUCGACAGGCCGUCGUCGACAGAUACGUCCGCGAUCUGACCGACGGGUUCUCCGCAUCCAUGGACGACGCCAUAGCUCGGCGGUCCAGAACCAAAUCCAGGUUUCGCUUGUUCGGCCCUCAGGGCGCGUGCGUGCUCGUCACCGGCGCCACGGGCAGCUUGGGCUCUCAUCUCGUAGCCGAGCUGGCUCUCCGCCCGGGCGUGCGCCGGGUUGUGUGCCUGAACCGAGCCCGGCGCGGCCGCCACGGCGACGAAGACCCGUGGGAGCGGCAGCGGCAGGCCUUCGCCACGAGGGCCAUCGUCCUCCCUAACCACGCCGCUGCCAAGCUGACGGUGCUCGAGACCGACCUAUCCAAGCCCCGUCUCGGCCUGGCCGGCGACCAAUACGACGCCCUCGUCGGGGACGCCACCCACAUCGUCCACAAUGCCUGGCUCAUGAACACAAAGUGGCCACUCGUCCGCUUUGAGCCGCAGCUGCGCAUAAUGCGCUGCAUGAUUGACCUGGCCCGUGACGUGGCCGCCUGCUGGCAUCAGGACGGCGAGGGGACCGCAGCAGCCACGUUCCAGUUCGUGUCGUCCAUCGCCGCCGUCGGGCACUGGCCCCUGCAUACGGGCCGUCCCAUCGUGCCCGAAGAACGCAUGGCUCCCGACUCAGCUCUGCCCAUCGGCUACGGCGUCGCCAAGCAUAUCUGCGAGCGCAUGCUGGAUGAGACGCUCCAUCAUCCGCGACACGCGGCCCAGUUCCGGGCCAUGGCCGUGCGGCUGGGCCAGAUCGCCGGUUCCUAUCGCACCGGCUACUGGAAUCCGGCCGAGCACUUGGCCUUCCUGGUGCGGUCUUCCCAGACACUCGGCGCUAUGCCCGCCCUCGAGGGCCACCUCUCCUGGACUCCCAUCGACGCCGUCGCCGCCACCCUCGCCGAUCUGCUGCUCCGUCCUGGCCGCCCCCACGCGGUCUACCACAUCGACAACCCUAUCCGCCAGCCGUGGCCCGACAUGGUCCGCCUGCUUGCCGACUCCCUCGGCAUGCAAUCCAGCUCUGACGCCGUCAUCCCCUUCACCGACUGGCUCCGCCGCCUAAGGGAUCACCCCGCCAGAGGCAAGGCUGGUGAGAACCCAGCCGCUCUGCUAGCUGACUUCUUCGACCGCGACUUUGUCCAUAUGUCGUGCGGUGCCCUCGUUCUCGGCACAGCCAAGGCCUGCAACCACUCGCCCACGCUCGCCAACCUAGGGGCGGUCACUGACGAGACAGUGAAGCUCUUUGUGAAGCGCUGGAGAGACACGGGAUUUCUGGAUUGA